AUGUCCUCUUUCACUGAUAAGUCGAUAAACAUCGCCUUCUUCGGCUCAACAGGCGGUUGCGCAAAUGCCUGUCUGACUUACACUCUCAAAAACGGAUACAAAGCAAGCGCCCUCGCUCGGACUCCCUCGAAACUUCAAACCCAACUCUUAUCCCAAGGACUUGACCAGGCAACAAUCGACAAUAAUUUAACAAUCAUUCAAGGGGAUGCAACAGACGUUGAAGUUAUCAAGCGCACUCUCUCCCCAGAGAAAAACAACGGCAAAAUGGUCUCCCUCAUAAUUUCCGGAUUAGGCGGGCCUCCCAAAAUGACAGCCUCGCUUCAACCCAUCACCCUUGAAAAUCCAAACAUUUGCGAAAAUAGCACGAAUGCCAUCCUAUCCGCCAUAGAAGUACUGCAGCCGUCCACGGCAACCGAGAAGGAAAAGCCCAUCCUCGUGGCUAUCUCCACUACUGGCAUCUCAUCCGGGCCAAGAGAUGUACCAUACCUCCUUUACCCUCUUUGGCACUUCCUCGAAGUCCCACACAAGGACAAGAAGAAGAUGGAGCAUGCGAUUUUUGAUUCACCCUCUAAACAGCUUCUGAGAGGCGCCAUGGUCGUACGUCCGACAUUGCUGGUUGGUGACCAUUCCAUCACCAGUGGGAAAGGGUGGAAAACGUUGAAGGUCGGGACGGAGAAGAAGCCGGCCCUGGGACAUUCGAUCCAGCGGGCGGACGUCGGAGAGUGGAUAUUUCAGGAAAUGGUUAAGGCGGGAGGGGAAAAGUGGUUGAAUGAAAAGGUGACAUUGAGUAACUAAUGAAUUAGCGUGUUUUCCCUACCAUCGGUUUUGUGCAUUUCUCCGCUCUCUUCUUUUACACGUGUGGAAAGGCUCUUUGUGUUUUCGAGUUCUUCCUUUCUAAAUAUCUACGGAGUUCAUGACUGUUGUUGUGUAUAUGAUACCUUCCCUAAACAGUUAUGUCGAUUCGACACCACAUUUGUUGUUGCCUAUUCAUGAACUGAGAUGAAUAUAAUAUAUUUAUGUC